UCUAAGUAGUGUACUGAUAGCCAUUGAUAUCAUAGAGAUAGCAUUACCCAAAAUGACUAAAGAUUGUGGAGUCUUAGAAGCUCUAAAUGUGAAAGUUAUAGGGUGUGGUGACAGAACAUUAGUUCUGUCACAUGGCUUUGGUGGAGACCAGUCAGUAUGGAAUAAAAUCUUGCCUUCUCUGUCAAAAAAAUUUAAGAUCAUAGUGUUUGACAUGGUAUUCUCUGGCAAUGUGGAUGCCAAGCAUUUUGACUUUGAGAGAUACACAUCACUCUCUGCUUAUGCAGCUGAUCUUCUCACUAUUCUGGAGGAACUCAAAGUUGAGAAAUGCUUGUAUGUUGGUCACUCUGUCUCUGGCAUGGUGGGCUGUAUUGCUGCCAUUCAGAGACCCAAACUGUUUGAGAAACUAGUCUUACUGUGUGCCUCUCCAAGGUAUUUGAACGAUGAAUCUUACCAGGGAGGAUUUGAGCAGGGAGAUAUUGAUGUGAUACUGAGCAGAAUAAAAACUGAUUAUGUAGCAUGGGUUUCAAGCUUUGCUUCUCAGGUGGUGGGUGUAGAUGACCCCUAUAUAGUAAAGGAAUACAUUACAACAAUAAAGAAUAUGAAGCCUGAAAUUGCACUUGCAGUUGCCAAGACCAUCUUUGAGAGUGAUCUGAGAAGCAUAUUAUGUGAAGUGAAGAGCCCAUGCAGUAUUAUCCAAACAAGAAAGGACAUAGCUGUUCCAACAGCUAUACCAUAUUACAUGCAGGGCAGCCUUGGAGGAGAUAUGAAUACAGUGUAUGUGCUUGAUAUAGAUGGGCAUCUGCCACAAUUAACUUCCCCUGAGAUGUUAGUCCAGGUGUUUGUGCAGGUUUUUGGAUGCUCAACUUAAAGCUAUCCUGUUUGGUUUUCUUAACCAGUUAUGAGGUUGUUUAUCUAGAUAAAAAUGAAACAUGUAUUUCCAAGAGGAGGUACACUGUAUGGUAAUUUGGCUUAUAUGUUUAGCUAUGAAUAUUUUUAGGUGUGGCUAGGUUGUGUAACAAACAAUACAUAUUGUCUGUUUGUUUUUCUGUAUUGUCACUAAGCUAAAGCAAUUGAAUGGCUAGUUUAUGUUCUCGUUUA